AUGGCUUCUAAUUCACAAGCAAGCUCUCAAGUGAAAGAAAAAGGAAAAGGAAACUAUUUCACUUGGACUCCCGAGAUGGAUAAGAUUCUUGGGACAUGUUUUAUAGAUCAAAUGGCUCAAGGAAACAAAUGUGACGGGAAACUGGCUUGGAAGUCCUCCUCAUGGACAGCAGCUAUAAAUGCACUUUAUGUUCAUCUAAAAGUUAAUGUAGACAAGAGCAAAGUCCAAUCUCAUUUGAAGACAUGGGCGAAGCACCAUGAGAUCUUGUAUCCGUUAUUGGUCUCCAGCAAUUCCGACUCUCCAAUCACAUGGGACAACAUGAAGGGCAGAAUUGCAAUCCAGAAUGAAAAUGUUUGGAAUGAGCGACUGCAGGCCAACUCCCAACUUGCUCCUUAUUGGAGCAAAUUUGUGAUUGAAAAUUGGGAUGAUAUUUGUGCAAUUUUCUCGCAAGACCGUGCCGAUGGCCAAGGGGCAGCAACUUUUGAGGAGAAUAAUGCUGAGAAUGAGGUCAACUCUUUCAACAUAGGAGAUCCAUCUGAAGAGAUUCAUAAUCAAUCCGAAGCUAUGAGACUUUUGUUGGCCCGACAAAAGCGAAAGGAAGGCACAUCUUCUGCUUGUUCUCAACGCUCGAGAAAAAAACCAACAUCAACGCAAGCUCCUGAUUAUAUGACGCAAAUGGCUGCUGAGUUUAGUGGCUACAUGUUGGGGGGGAGAAAAAAGACUAAACUUGUGAUAGCACAAAAAACAAAGAUCACCCCUCAACAAAUUUUGUCAGAAUUGAAGGAAAUUGAUUUAGAUGACAUGCAGAAAAUCAAGGCUGUGGAUAUGAUGAUGCUCAAUCGAGUAAUGCUUGAUACAUUUGUGGGAUUGCCAGUUGAGUUGAAAUACAAAUGGCUUAUGGCCAAACUUGAUAAAGAAAACUGAUUGUUCAGUUUUGCAGGAUUUGCUCUGUAAAGUUCUGGGUGUAGUGGACUUCUAGCGUCGAUAAUAUAAAGAUAUCAAGAUUAAGUUCGGAGUUGUGUUUUGUAGGCUUGUAGCUUCACAACGAACAAAGUUGAUGAUCCUUUACUUUAUAUCUGUUGCAUUCCUUCUACUAUUGUUGCUUGCUCCUUUUCUUCCCUUUUCAUUUGAACUGAGUUGAAUGUGUACAAGUAACAAUUUUUUUGGAAAGAAGCUGUUUUUGCCCCUGUUCUUUCCAGUAG